GUGGCGUUCGGAUAUCCGAUAAAAAAAAUGGCUUUGGGACAAAGAGAUUGGAGAUCCUUGUCAGCAAUGUGGGCUGAUAAAUAAGUUACGUCUUUUACUGUCGCGGAUGUCGAGAAACGCGUGUCAAUUAUGACACUUUUAUCACACAAACUCGCCGAAACUACGAGUAUUCACGACUGAUAUUCUCCUGGCCGAGACCUUCGUCGACAAUUCUUCGAAUGUAAAUAUGUUUAGUCCUAUACAAAUAAAACAUGAAUGUACAACUGUAGAGGAUGUAAACGCUAGUAGUAGGAUUAACAGUUCAGACAGUUCCUUGUAUCCCUUUGUCAAUCAGGAUGUUGAGUAUAAGCACCGUCAGAUAUCGCAAUUUUGGGAACAGACGCAGUUACCAAACGAGAUGCCUGCGAAAAACGAAAUUAAUAAUCAACAGGCCUUGUUCCAGACAGGAGAGAGUGGGAGUUUGUCAUACGUGAAAGAUUAUGUACAAAAUGGCAUAUUCUAUUCAGUUGAUCACGAGGAUGGCAACAAUCAAAUGCCGACAAAUAAUCCAUGUGACCAGAGUACAAGCAAUGUUGCCAUGGUGCAAGAAAAUAAACAGCUACAACUAUCACAAGAUUUGCAGAAUGUAGGGGACAUUAGUCAGACAUUAACAACAACGCAAUCGCUAACUGCCAUAAAAAGCAAUCGUCUCGGAAGACCAUCCAAAAGUUCCACAGACUCUGGUACAGGGAAAAAGUUAAAAUGCCAAUGUGAGAUUUGCUUCAAGGAAUUUGGACACAAAAGCAAUUUAUUCAUACAUAUGAGAACGCACAAUGGGGAGAGACCAUAUAAAUGCAGUCAGUGUGAAAAGUGUUUUACACACAGUGGGAACCUCGCUAUACACAUGAGAACGCAUUCUGGUGAACGUCCGUAUGGUUGUCAGAUAUGUGGGAAGAUGUUUAGCCACAGUGGAAAUCUGUCCACUCACUUAAGAACUCACUCAGGUGUUAAACCCUACAAAUGUAAUGUGUGUGGUAAAGAAUUCAGGCACAGUGGUAAUUUGUCGAUACAUGAGAGGAUACAUUCCGGAAUCAAGCCAUUUCAAUGUAAAAUUUGUGGGAAGGAGUUCUACCAUAGUGGUAAUUUAACAACUCACAUGAAGAAACAUCCUGUAAAUACAGACACAAAUGUAACUGACUGUGAAAACAAUCAAAAGCACAUGCAUACCAGUACAGAUGUUAAUACUACCGCUUCUUCGAAUUAUUUAAAUAACGUGUCUUUAACGCUCAAUGAUGACAUUAAAUUAAUGCAUAAUACUAGUAAUGUGGUUCCUAUAAAGAAUGAAAGUACAGAAGACACUGUAUUGAAUACUAUGGGAAGAUUAACGUCUACUUCCAGUUGAAGGUAUACAUGAUUAUUAUGCAAGAUGAGUUACAUAACUUGUUACAAAUUGAUAUUAUUGGCCACACAAAAAAUAAAAACAAUUCUUAAUAUUUUAAUAAUCGAAAAAUAUGCAUUAUCUACUAUAUAUAAUUUCUUUUAAAAUUUAAAAUUUUGUAAAAAAAUUUUUUAGAGGUUUAUUCAAGCCAUAACAAAUUGUUUCAAUAAUAAUUGAUUUGUAACAAAUUACAUGAGAUUCUGCAUAUUAAGAAUUUUUAAAAAUAUUAUUGGAUCUUAGUACUUUUUCAUGCAAUGCUCAACUUGCAAAUGAGCAAUUUUUUAUUGGCAAAGGCAAUAAAGUUAUUUUUACAUUUUUGUGUUACAUGAUAGUCUUCCUGAAUCUUAAAUGUAACAUUAGUAUAUAAAAAAUUAUAUUUACAUAUUUUAUGUAAGUUUAUUUAAGAUCAAGUAGUAUAUAUAAUUACAAUAAUCUGUGAUGUUUUUGGAUCAUUAAAAUAUGAACAAAGGACAGUAGAAACAAUACUUCCGUAAAAAAAAUGUUACUUUAUUUAUAUAAAUAAUUAACAUAUUCAUUAUUUCUUUUUCAAUUAUUUUUGAUUAUACAAGUAUUUUAUAAUCUACAACAAUUAUACUUAAAUAGCUCUUGAAUUACAUAAGUAAAUUAUUGUAAUUAUUAUUAGAAUAUUUUGAGUAAACAAAGCACAAUAUGUAUAAAAAUUAUCAAAAUAUAAUUUGAAUCUUGUUUUGAGCUCUAUGUGCAAUUUGAUGUGGAAUAAGUGAUAAAUUGCUCAUUAAAACUUUGUUAUCCUUACUUUUAUAUUUAUGUCUUAUUGUUAUGAAUUUUUCUUCAAUAAAUUAUCUCUACUUUUAAUUUUUUACAUUAUAUAACAGAUAUUGCUUGAAUGAUAUAAUUUUCCUAAAUGAGAUAUGUUACAAACUGUGCAACUUUUGAUCGCAUAUAUAUGCGAAUAUAAAAUUUCAAAUCUAUUUAACAUUUUAAAUAUUUUAAAGAUAUUUUUAUGUAGUGUUUAAUAAUAAAUUUUUACAACAAACUAA